UCAGCUGUAUGUUGUCUUGCCGGUUUGGUGGUUUUUCAUUGUUUUUUCUUUUGUUUGCGUUUGUGAUAACAGUUCAAGCGGCUUCUCAGAAUGAUGCUGACCGUGACAGAAAACAUAUCGACAAAACAUUAUUACUGGAUGAACAGGAAGAAAAUGAAAAACUUUUUCACAACACAUUAAAAAAUCUUAAGUAUAUUUAUAAAAAUUCUAUAUUACCCAUGGAGGAAGCAUAUAAAUAUACUGAACUUGGACAUCAAACAAUAACAGAUGGUGAGAUCACCGGCAAACCAAUGGUGUUGUUUUUAGGACCAUGGAGUACUGGUAAAAGUACUAUGAUAAAUUACUUGAUUGGAAUGGAAGGCACAGCAGAUAGUUUACAUACAGGUGCUCAACCAACAACAUCUGAUUUCACUGUGAUCAUGAAUGGUAACAAAAGCCGAUCUAUAGAGGGCAUAGUACUUACAGCCGACGGUGACAAAUCAUUUGCGGCACUGUCAAGCUUUGGAAAAACAUUCCUAGAAAAACUUCUUGGUUAUGAAUACUCGUAUGACCUGCUGGAAAAAAUAACCGUCAUAGACACUCCUGGAAUUAUUGAGAAUCGUAAACAGCAAGAAAGAGGCUACCCAUUUAAUGAAGUCUGCCAGUGGUUUAUUGACCGGGCUGAUUUGAUAUUCGUCGUCUUCGAUCCAACAAAGCUUGAUGUUGGUACUGAGCUGGAGUCAAUAUUUAAAAUGUUGAAAGGUCGUGAAUCUCAGAUUCGUAUAAUUUUAAACAAGGCUGACAGUAUUGAACCACAGGAAUUGAUGCGGGUUUAUGGAGCACUAUUCUGGAGUUUAGCACCGCUAAUCAACGUUACUGAACCUCCCAGAGUUUACAUUGGAUCUUUCUGGUCAAGACCAUACAAGAUGCAUACUCACUCUGAUUUGUUUCUCCAAGAAGAAAUUUCUGUGCUACGUGAUCUUCGCGAUGUCAUUGAAAAUCGGCUUCAGAAUAAAAUUGCUUUCAUACGACAACAUGCCAUAUCAGUUCGUAUACAUGCAUUGCUUGUAGACAGAUUCAUCUCCACAUUUAACGACAAAAAACCGAACAUGCUUUUUGGUAACCCAGAAGAUGUUGCUCGGGACAUAAUAGAAAAUCCAAACAAGUAUUACAUAUUCAAAGCAGUAGCAUCUAAAGUGAAUGUGAGUAAAUACGAUCUACCAAGACAAGAUGAUUAUAAGGAUUUUUUCAGUAUCAAUGCAAUUAAUUCAUUUCAAUCAUUGGAUCAUCACUGUAGUUAUUUUAAUGGUUGUUUAAUGGAUCAUAUCGAGAAUGCGAUAUCCAAUCAGCUGCCAAAGCUGCUCAGUGACCUACGUAAACAAAAAAAUGUGACCCAGACUUGCCAGGCUGAUGGUACGUGCAAAGAAGAGAAACUACAAACAAACAAAUACAAAAAACCAUAGAAGACUAUAAA